AUCGAGGUUCAGAAGUGGGGGAGGAGGGAUUUAAGGAGGACAUCAUUCACCGGACGAGAAUCACAGUCCAGAGAGACAGAAGGGGGCUGGAAAAGAGUGAAAUAAUCCAGCAGUGAGCGCCUCAGGAGAGGGUCGGUGGUGAAGGGGAGGGAGUUGGAUACCCAGCAUGCAGGCAGCAUGGAAAGGGUGAGGGAGCAGCGGCCUUUCUGCUCGCUGUCCAAGAGCCAGAGAGAGCGGGAAAGAGACUGUGAGCGAGACCACGAUCGGGAGCGGCGUUACACCGCCUCCACCACGGACCGGGACGACGGAGCCUGCCGAGUUCCCACUCAGAAAUCCUACAGUUCCAGCGAGACCCUGCAGGCCUUCGACCAUGACCCCUCCCGGAUGCUGUUUGGAGGCAGAGUCAAGGAGAUGGUGCACAAGGAGGCAGCAGAGUACGCCAGGCCAGGACAGACGUUUUCUUUGAGGCAACUUGGGAUUUGUGAGCCACCGGCUCGCAGGGGCUUGGCUCUGUGCCCCGAGACUGGCCUGUCCCACCCCCUCAGCAGCUACCCCAGGGGGCCGGCCGUCACAGAAAACCAUGAACCUGUAUCACCGGAACGCACCAUGGCUCUUUGGGGAACGGGGGCAAAAUCUGGGCAGAAUUCAUGCCUCUCCAGCCGCUCCAACUCGGCGCUCACGCUCACUGACACAGAAAUGGACAAUAAAUCGGACACUGAGAUGGGUGAGUAG